GCUGCCAAGCUCCUGUCCUCUGAGAUUUCCUUCUUUAGAUUAUUAGUGUCAUUGAAGAGCUCUCUUGAAUACAGGGAGCAGAAACUGAGGAAAAGGCUGGAACCAUUUUAUUUGGCUGGGACGUACUGAGGAAAAGGCAGUUACUGGGUCAUAAGCUCUGCUGAAAAUGUCUGUCCAGUUUUCUUCACAGGCACCCUGGAGGAACAACAACAUCAGUUUUCUAAGCAGAGAGGCAGCUGUAACAGAGCAAGGAGAGACUAUCAUAGGUUUCUACCUACUGGCUUUAGGCUGGCUGUCUUGGUUUGGAAACAGCAUUGUGAUUUUUGUCCUGUAUAAACAAAGACACCUGCUGCAGCCCACUGACUACCUCACAUUUAACUUGGCAGUAUCAGAUGCUAGUAUCUCUGUGUUUGGUUAUUCACGGGGAAUUAUUGAAAUCUUCAAUAUUUUCAGAGAUGAUGGAUUCAUUAUCACAUCCAUAUGGACUUGCCAGGUUGAUGGCUUCCUGACACUUCUCUUUGGCCUGGCUAGCAUUAAUACCCUUACAGUAAUCAGUGUGACUCGCUACAUCAAGGGCUGCCAUCCUGAGAGAGGUCACUGCAUCAGCAACAGCAGUAUGACUGUGGCUCUGGUUCUCAUUUGGAUAGCAGCUUUCUUCUGGUCAGCAGCUCCAUUACUUGGCUGGGGCAGUUACACAGAUCGCAUGUAUGGCACAUGUGAGAUAGACUGGGCAAAAGCCAACUUCUCUACAAUUUACAAGUCCUACAUUGUCUCCAUUUUCAUCUGCUGUUUUUUCCUACCUGUCACAGUCAUGGUCUUCUCAUAUGUGUCAAUUAUCAAUACUGUCAAGCUAAGCCAUGCACUAACAGGACUGGGUGAUCCCACAGACAGACAGAGGAGAAUAGAGCGUGACGUCACCAGGGUUUCUAUUGUCAUUUGCACAGCCUUCAUUAUUGCAUGGUCACCAUAUGCUGUCAUCUCUAUAUGGUCUGCCUAUGGGCACCCUGUGCCGAAUCUUACCAGCAUCCUUGCCAGUUUGUUUGCUAAGUCUGCCAGCUUCUACAACCCCAUUAUCUACUUCGGAAUGAGCUCUAAAUUUCGGAGGGACAUUUUCAUUUUGUUCCAUUGUGCCAAGGAAGUCAAGGACCCUGUGAAGCUAAAACGGUUCAAAAACCUCAAGCAAAAACAACAAGAGCCCUCUCAGAAAGGAGAGAAGUAUGCAGGAGAAAUGCACCCUGCACCAAGCCCUGAUUCUGGAGUGGGAAGUCCAACCAACACCCCACCUCCAGCAAACAGGGAAGUGUAUUUUGGUAUUCAUGAUACCCCAUCUAAUAACCCUGAUGUUGAAUGUGAUAGAUUGUAAGUUUUGAGGCCACUUUGUGUUCAGGAAGACCUUCUUCAGAUCAGCGCUUGAGCGAUUUCCUAAUUCCCAGUUCAUCUGUUCCUUACUAUACCAUUGAUGACUACACAGCUCAAGCAAAUCAUGUGGUAAAGUGAUAUUUUCCUUCUGUGUAGCUACAAAAUAUUAUGAAGCACAUUACAAUGUGGGCAGCAUAUAGCCAGUGCCAGAAACACUUGAUUUUUGCUUGCAUGCAGGAAAGGGAAGACUGAUGUUUGAAGAGCAGGCAUUGGCUAGCAAAAAUAACUGUUCAAAUUUUAUGAGUUAGGAGAUUACAUUUCCAAAUAUCUUAUUUUGCUCUUCAGCAGUUCCAGCUGUAGAGGAUUGUUUUAGCUCUGUGGUGCUGCACGUAUUUUAAGAGAAGAUGGGACCCGUUGAGGUUGCUGUGGGGCUGCUGCAGCCCUAGCAAGCUGCGAGCUGGUAGGCAAAUCUGGGUGCUCCCUGUGGGGCACUUAGGCAUUCCCAUCAUGGGUCUCUCAGGUCCUGUGCAUGAAGGGGUGUGUGUCUGGUCACCUGUGCCUGACUCUGUCUUGUAUCUGUACAAGUGGUAGAAAUUCUAAUCUAGAUUUUCUAGUCAGUGUAGUCUAAACAGUGGCUUCAUACUUCUCCUUGUUGACCUGCAGUAUUAUUUCCACCUUCCCUGACCUCUGCAGUAAGCAGGGCCUGGAUGUAGCAUUCAGAUUCAGGAAAGCUGGCCUUUCAUUUUGUUGAUCAAUCUCCAAACUGGUUGUUUUUCUACCUGACUAUUAAGAUGGAGCAAGAGACAGAUAAGGAAACUAAAAAUUACACUAAGGUUUUAAGAGUACUAAUGAGGUAUGGCAUCAGAGCUAUUUAUAAA